AUGAUUAAUAUUAUUAGGAGUUUUAAUAACUUACUAAAUAUAAAAUAGAUAGAAAGUUUAUAUUUUAUCAUAAUUAAGAGCAUAAUUAAAAUAAUUUAAAAAAAAUGAACUUGGUUAAUUGGAAGAUCGUUUAUCAAAGGAUACAAAAUUAAUGAAAGUGAAACCAAAUAGAAAUUAAAGGAUUUACAAACAUAAGAAAAAUUGGUUAGUUUAGAAGAGAGAGUUGAGGAAGCCUUAGAUUUUAAAAAAGAACUUAAAGAUUUAGAAAAAAAAUAUAAGAUAGAGUUUAUAGAGUAUAAAAAUAUAGAUUAGAAAAAUAACAUAGUAAUUUAUUGUUUAAAUAAGAAAAGGAAAGAGAAUAAUUAGAAGGUAAACUUUAAGAAACAGAAUAAUUUAAAUGAAAAAAGCAUAUGAU